GGUCGCCAUGGCAGCGGGAUUGUGUACAGCUCGGCCUGACACACUUUUGAAUCAGGCAAAUAUUCAUACCGUCUUGAGUGCAGGGAGCAAGAAGGAGGAAAAUCUUAGACUUAAGAGGAUGAAGAUCAUGGAGUGUAAACCAACAUGAAAUUUUGCUUUACGAAUUUAGAGUGAAGAGAGUUAAGAAGAAGGAUGCUUGGCCAUGGCAUGUUUAACUGGUGGGGAUUUUCACCUCCACUAGAUUUCUGCAGUUAUUUGAAAGAUAAUGCCAGUACAGCUGACGCGCGGGACAGAGAGGUGGUGCAGGUGGUCGUGGUGGGUGCUGGGGACCCUCGCCACUUGCUGCUAACACUUGCCAAGAGUGUCGGUACAAAGCGGCUUAGGAUUUUCAUACUGGAGGCUUAUGUGGAGGUGUACGCACGGCUGCUGUUGCUACUGGGAGCGGGUCUGCAGGUUGGCAUGGGCGUCAGAGAACGAGCCACACUCCUACUCGACCUGUGGGCCAACCUGUACCUCAGACCCACGUCCAGGACCUAUCUGGAGCUCGUCGGGCGGAGGUUUUCAAUGGCCAUGACAGACGAGGCCUUGUAUUCCAGUCUCAUCGGUCUGGUGUCCGCCAGUCGACUCAAGUACCGAGAGAGGGAUGCUAUGGAUGCCGUGUGUCGCUCAUGGUUCACCCUCUCAGCAGGAGAUUAUGACCCUUCACUAUCAUGGGAGGUGCGACUGCGGCAGCUGUUGAAGACUCGUUACGACAGCAGGAGGGCCGAGGCGGACUGGGCCUGGCAUAUGCGCCUCGCUUUCCGGAUUCAACAAUUGCAGACCACGGUAAAGGAAACUGAGGCCAGCAAGGAACAGAGACACGGACGUACUUUCCUUAGCACGGGUUGGGGCCAAGAAUUCCUGACGUGGCGUGAAGACGGGCGUGCUUUGGCUCUCGGGGCGGAUACAACACCAACACUCCCCAACACAUCCCUUGCCUCUGUGGCAACGGUGGUGGAGGGGUCGACGAAGCACCGGCGCAUCGGGUACUGGGGGGACGUGCUGACAGGGCCCUUCCCCGCACUGGCCCUCGCCUCCACUGACCUGCGUGCUGCUAAGGCACAAAACAAUAGAAACUGUCAUAGCGGCAGCGAAGUAGCUCUCUGGAAUAUGGAGAGUUUACUGGAUGAACUUUGGGCAACCUACCUUCAGGAUACACAUGAGAACACAGAUUAUGCAAAUGGGGCUGAGAAACCUGAAGCAAAGGACAUGACAAAGAGCAAAUCAUCGAGUGCGGAGGAACACCUUGAAAAUCUGAGUGACACUAUUGAAAAAUUGCAUAUCCAGCGUGAUAAGGAUGGCCUGGCUGCUAGUGAAGGGCGGAACACUUCACUCACAGGAAAGGAGAUCAGUGGAGAAGCCAAUAUCAGGAAUCCAGAAUCAAAUACGCACUCUGCAAAUGCAGAUACACAAAACAUGAACGUCACGUUGAACAAGAAUGAAACUUCGAGCGUGACCUGUGACAAGGAUGACCGUGAAGAAGCCAGCAACUCUCACUCAGGAGCAGUGGGCGGCAGUGCUACCAAUCGUUCCGAGCAAGAGGACAAUGAGAAUUCCAGCAAGCGUGUCAAGAGUCAUCCUCCGAGAAAGAAGAGCAGCGUAGAAGGAGGAAGAGCUUAUAUUGACUACUUGAAGCUGGAAGGAGUGGAGAUCAUCUUGCUGUCCCCGUCGCGCCUCAACGAUCUGUCUUCACUAUCAGAAAUCGAGGGAGAACUAGACCUGAUUUACCUGUCAGCAGCCAUGGCCCACAUGAUGUCCCCUUCUUUCUUCCUGAAGCACCGAGGCGCACACACACAGCUUCUCCUCGAGACUGUUCAAAUGUUUCCGCAAUUGACGGACGAUCAAGUCAAGGAAUACCAGACUCGGGUGACGGCCUCGGCUGGCGAGGCGGGCUGGGAGCAGCAUGCCUCACCACACCCUCUGUGCCACCUGCGUUUCCACAGGUGAACACUUGCCAAUCGACGAGAAGUUCCUAUUUUCCAUUGUAACCCUUUCCUAGCACUCUCCUUAUAGUACAACUGUUUGUAGCAUGCCAGCAGUUUUCAAAUGAAGUUUAGCUUCUUUGCCUACAACUACAUUCUAAACAUUUAAAGAGAGGACGAGUAAGGCGGACACAUGGCAGUGUGAAGUCCAUUGUAAUAGUAUUUUAUUGCUUCACAAGAUGGAGUAUAAAUAAAAAAAAUCACAGAUGAAACUCUAUGAAGCAGCAGGUUAGGAGGGGUAGUGCCGACCCUCGGCGGCACUGCUGGUGCUUCAGUGGAGGAAGAAAGAUGACAGUAUAGUGAAAUUUUGAACCAAUUCUAUGGAAAAUUGAAAUUAUAAUGCAUAAAAUAUUGUAAUAAUUAACUAAUACGUAU